AUGGAUAGGGACAAGCUUGCGCAGUUGCUGCAGGCCAGCCAAGUCCCAAACACGGAACAGGUCAAAGCCGUCACGGCCAAUCUCCAAAAAAACUAUUACUCCAAGCCCGAGUCGCUCAUCUUGCUCGUCGAAAUCGCCCUCACUCACAAUGAUGCCGCCAUUCGACAGCUAGCAGCCGUCCAGGCCCUGCGGUUUGCCCCCAAGCACUGGGACAGUACUGCUCAAGAAAAGAAGCCUCUUGCUCGCUCGCAUUUGCUGGAGGGGGCUUUAAAGGAGAGCUUUGCGCCUGCCCGCCACGCUCUCGGCCGUCUGGUUGCCGGCUUGGUCGGCCUGGACAUGGAGAAUGGCGACGGCGACGAGUUCAUGAAGCAGGUUUUGCCGCUGAACAACAGUGACAAUAUCCAGUACAGAGAAGUUGGUUCCUACAUUCUCUUUUCCAUGUUGGAGGAGAAUCCCCAUCACUUCGAAGAGUACACUCAUCAGCUUCUCGAGCUGUUCCAAUCCCGCAUUGAGGACCCCGACAGCAAGGAAGUACGUAUCAACGUGGUUCAGGCUGUCGGUGCUAUCCUCAUGAACAUUGAACCUGACGAGGACCCUCAAGCCGUCGCGAUCGUCCAGAGCUUCAUUCCCAACAUGGUCAACCUUCUCAAGGUUACUGUUGAGGCCGAGGACGAGGAAAGCUACCAGACCAUUUUUGAAAUAUUCCACUCCUACCUCGCCUGCGACCCUAGCUUUCUGGCAACCCAUCUUCGAGACCUCUUGCGAUUCAUGAUGGAUCUUGGCGGCAACAAAAACGCCGAGGAUGACGCGCGCACCCAAGCUCUCAGCUGGCUCAUCCAGUGUGUGCAGUUCCGCCGAAUGAAGAUCCAAGGUAUGAAGGAUGUCGCCGCCGAGCUCAUGGUCAAGUCGAUGGAGAUUGUCACCGAGCUUGACGCUGAUGAAGAUGAGGAGGAUCUUACCCCUGCCCGCAGCGCCAUCAGCCUCAUCAACACCCUCGCCACCGAACUCCCCCCUCGUCUGGUUGUCGUGCCCAUGCUCGAGCAGUUUCCCGCCUACGCCGCCAACUCGGAGCCUGGCUACCGCAUGUCUGCUAUGCUCGCUCUUGGCAACGUGGCCGAGGGUGCCCCCGACUUCCUCUCCACCCAACUUCAACCCUUGCUGCCCACCGUCAUCAACUUGCUAUGUGACUCGGACAUUCAGGUUCGGCAUGCUGCCUUGGUCGGUUUGAUCCACCUGGCCGAGGAGAUGGCCGAUGAAAUGUCUCGCCAUCAUGAGGAAAUCAUCUCCGCCGUUUUGAGGAACCUGGAAUCCGCUUCGCAGGGCGCCACGGAUAAGAAGAACAUCAGGAUCGUCCGUUGCGCAUGCGGCGCUCUCGAUACCUUUGGCGAUUGCGUCGACACCAAGAUCAUGGCCAAGUACGGCCCGAAUCUCAUCGGACCCAUGAUUAAGCUUUUGGACCACGAGGAUUACGGCAUCAAAGCGGCUGCCGCUUCUGCUAUUGGCGCCAUUGCCUCGGCCAUGGACAAGGAGUUCCUGCCUUUCUUCGAGGGCGCCAUGAAGGCUCUCGGCCGCUUCGUCAUGCUGAAGGAGAGUAACGAGGCCAUGAGCCUGCGCAGUGCCACCUGCGACAGCUUGAGCCGCAUCGCAUUGGCAAUUGGGCCCGAGACGUUCCAGCCGUUUGUUAUGGAUCUCAUGAAGGCCAGCGAGGAGGCUCUCCACCUCGACAACCCUCGGCUGAAGGAGACGAGCUUCAUCCUGUGGUCCAACUUGUCCAAGGUCUAUGGUACCGAUUUCGACCACUUCCUCGAGGGCGUCUUCAAGGGCUUGUUUUCCUCAUUGGAGCUCGAAGAAGAGGAGAUUGAUUUGCCCGGCGUCGACCCCAGCCAGCUCGGUGAAGGUGCCAUCAUUGGCGGAAAGCGCGUCAAGCUCAAGGUCCCCAAUUCCCAAGAAGACGCCAUCAUCGCGGCUGGCGGCGAGGACGACUGGGAGGAUUUGGACGACCUCGCAAACCUCGGAGAGUUUGGUGCUGUUACUGCCGUGGCAAUGGAGCAGGAAAUUGCCAUCGACACCCUCGGCGACGUGAUUUCCAACUCGUGUGGCAGCAGCCACCUGGAAUCAUAUGUCGAGAAAGCCAUCGCCCAGGUCAUGCCGUUUGCCGAACACACGUACGAGGGCUGCCGCAAGAAUGCCGUAUCCACUCUGUGGCGCAUCUAUAGCCGUGUGUUCCAGGUGUGGGAAGAAGGGCCUGGACGCAAGUGGCAGCCUGGCAUGCCCCCGAACCCAGUCCCCCCUCAGUCGAUUGUCAAGAUCGGACAGGCAUUGCACAAGACGACGAUGGACAUCUGGACGGCUGACAGUGAUCGGACUGUGAUUACCGAGGUUAACCGCAACGUUGCCGCCACCCUCAAGUCGUGUGGCCCCGCCGUCUUGGCCGCCAAGGAGGGUAUGCUGCAAGAGCUGGUUUCCGUCAUCGGCUCUCUCAUCACCCGCUCACACCCUUGCCAACAAGACCUUGGGGCCGAGGACGAAGAGUACGAGGUUGACGCCGGCUCCUCAGAGUACGACUGGCUGGUUGUCGACACGGCCCUGGACGUCGUCGCCGGCCUAGCGGCUGCUCUGGGACCUCAGUUUGGCGAGCUGUGGAAGAUUUUCGAGAAGCCCGUGCUCAAGCUGGUCGCCUCGACCGAAGACGUCCACCGCUCCACCGCCGUCGGCACCAUUGCCGAGGUGGCCAAGUACACUGGAGAGGCCAUCAGCCCGUUCACAGAGUCUCUUGGUCAGAACCUGGUGCGCCGCUUGUCGGACCACGACAAACUUACCAAAUCCAACGCCGCCUACGCGCUCGGCCUGCUCAUCCUGAACUCGGCCGAGACCGGCAAGACGGUUCCCCUGUUUCCGCAGCUGUUUGAGAAGCUCGAGCCGAUGCUGUCGGUGCACGAGGUGCGAAUCACGGACAACGUGGCGGGCUGCCUGUGCCGCAUGAUGAUGAAGCACCCGGACGACGGCUUCAUCGCCCAGGCCCUGCCGCCGGUCGUAAACGUCCUGCCUCUGACGGAGGAUUACGAGGAGAACGAGCCCAUCUUCCAGUGCAUCUACAAGCUGUACGACCUGUCCAACCCCACUGUCCAGCAGCUGACGCCUCAGCUGUUGCGUGUUUUUGACGAGGUGCUGGGGGAGCCGGAGGAGCAGCUGGAGCAAGAUACCCGACAGAUGGUGCAGCGCAUGGUGCAAGCCCUACGAGGGUGA